AGUCGGCUGAAGACAAGGAGCUGUUUGUACAAAACGGGAAUCACAGGACUCACAUGCUUUAGUAAGGAGAAACUGAGAGAUUGCAGCAGAUGAUAGACUUCCUCAGAAGAAAGGAAAGGGGCUGAGGAGCACGGAGUAAGUUUUACUUGCUGGAGGAGGACUUCAGAGCUGUGUCAGGCAAGCCAGGCUGAAAAGGACUAACAAAACAUGGAGAAUGAUGGAUCACAGUCUGAGGAGAAGGUUGAGGACAUGCCAGAAGAUGCAGCAGAAGUGGUGGAGGCAGCUCCCGAGGAAAAUUCUCAGGUGACCCAGGUACAGGGCCUGCUGGUGGAGCUGCGCGAGGGGCUCCAUGUGGCUCUGGCUGAGCUGGGCGAGCUCCGUCAGAGGGACCAUGCUUUGGAAGAGAAGCUCCAAGCACAUCAGACUGAAGUGGAUGAUAAGAUAAUGGGCCUCAAGAACUCACUCAACACAUUUAAGGUGCUGGAGCGAGACAGAAUUAAAAAGAAGCAUGUGAAGAAUCUAUUUUUGUAGAAGCAGACAGGAUUCUGUAAUGUAAUUUACAACAACUUAAAGGACAUUUGUAGGAGCUGGAAAUGAGUUCAAUUUUUUAGAGUAAAUUUGACUCCCUCAACAGAUUAAAUAAGCAGGUAUGUGCAUCAGAAACAUCACUGAUGCAACUUUUAAUGUGUGAAUAUACCUAUUAAAGUCCUUCUUUACAAAGCUUUGCCAAAGUAUAGAAAUCUGGAACUUUUUUAUUUUUAUUUUCUCCCUUCACAACAGCAACUUCAAAGCAUUUUAUCAGAACUGUGUGUUAUUGAAUUGAUAGGGAAGAAAAAACUGUCAGCUUUUAAACAUUCUUACCAAUAGCAGCUGAAAACUUCUUCAUAAAUUCCUAUUUUACUUCAUUUUAGUCAACUCUGUGUAGCACCUGCCUU